AUGAUUCAAAGUGAUGAAGAUAAGUUAAUUGAGACUUGUGAAGAGAUUUUGAAUUGUUCUUGCUGUGGUGUGGGCUUGGAAAAUAAAACUUACUCUCCUUAUACUAUGAUCAAUCCUUCUUGGGGAGUUUUAGAUUAUACCCAGAAAGGAAACUCGAUUACAGAGGCAGGGGAUGAUUAUCACAUAGAGAGGGAGAUAAUUCGGAUCACGGAAGAUCAUAUUUGGUCACUGAUCGAAAUGAAUAUGAACAUGGGUAUGAAAGCAAGAAUGAGAAUCCGCUGCUUUCGGAUGUCAAUGAGGGUUUUGGUAUAAGAGAAGAGGAGGCAGAGGGGGAUAGCUCUGUUUCUGUAUUCAAAUUCGGAGAGAGAGAAUUGGGAGGUGAUGAAGAUGAUGAGGUAGG